UAUAUAUCUAAAUUAUUAUGAACUAAUGAACCCAGAGUGAGGGUAUAUUUAUUUGCGCACCAGUUGUUAUUUUUGAAAGAUGAAAAAAAUCGCAUGAACAAGUUGUCAUGGAGAGACGUUGAAGGUUGUUAGUGUAAACAGUAAUGGCGGGAAGCGGUCUGAGGGAAACGCUUCAACACUACUCACUGGAAAAAUAUUAUAACACCUUUACUUCUGUUGGUAUCGAUGAUAUUGGUGGUCUGCUGGCGCUAACCAUGCAGGAUUAUCCUGCUCUUGGGAUAACAUCGAUGCAGGACAGAAGAAAAAUGUUUCAUCUUAUUCAAAAUGUCAAAGACAAGAGUAGCAUUAAUAGAAAAGAUACUGAUGUUGUAUCAAAUGAAAGCAGUUCUGCAGGACAACAAAGUGUAACAAAGAAACCAAAGGAACAAGAAAUAAAAUCAAGAAAAGAAUCUCAGCCAUUGAGACCAGAAUCAACCCAUCCUAGCGGUACAAUUCUUAGGGAAUAUACCACACAUGAUUUUAGUUAUGGCAUUCCUUCCAGCAAGGUAAAACCAAAAACACCAUCCAGACCAAGGGCCAAUAGCGAAAACUCUAAAAUCAAAGUUUGUGUGAGGAAGAGACCUCUUGGUGGUGAAGAGGUCGAGUCUGGGGAAACUGAUGUUGUUGACACAGUACCCAGUAAAAGCAUGGUCGUUAUCAGUGCACCAAAGGUUGCUGUAGAUCUUACUAAAUAUAUACAGAAGUUUUCAUUUGCAUUUGAUGAGGUUUUCGAUGAAAACACUACAAACCGUCAAGUAUAUGAAAAGACCUGCAAACCACUUGUGAAUGAAAUCUUCACAAAAGGUAUAAAAGCAACGUGUUUUGCAUAUGGCUGUACUGGUAGUGGUAAGACAUACACCAUGCUAGGAACUGACAACAUACCAGGGCUGUACCUUUUGGCUGCUAGCGACAUUUUCUCUAUCCUAUAUUCUGGUAACCAUGGUAAUGACCUUGGACUCUGGGUGAGCUUCUAUGAGAUCUAUUGUGGACAGCUGUUUGACUUACUCAACGAAAGAUCAAAGUUGUUUGCCAGAGAGAAUGCAGCACAUCAAGUCUGUAUUGUUGGUCUCACAGAAAAACAUGUUACCAAUGUAGAAGAGCUAAUGGAGGUGAUAGAAAGUGGAGGAAACUCAAGAAGUACAGGAUCAACUGGUGUGAAUGCCGACUCCUCCAGAUCCCAUGCAAUACUCCAGUUAGACUUAAAGGAUAGUGAAUAUGGAGAGACGUUGGGCAGAUUUUCGUUUAUUGAUCUCGCCGGCAGUGAACGUGCUGCUGAUGUGACAGAUUCGGACAAACAAACGAGAAUGGAAGGUGCUGAAAUAAACCAAAGUCUUCUUGCUCUUAAAGAAUGCAUAAGAGCCCUUGAUCAAGACUCAAGACAUACACCAUUCAGGCAGAGCAAGCUUACACAGGUGCUGAAGGACUCGUUUGUUGGAAAUACCAAGACCUGCAUGAUAGCAAACAUCUCACCAUGUUCUUCAUCAUCAGAGAACACACUCAAUACUCUCAGAUACUCUGACAGAGUUAAAGAACUAAACAAAAAUGAAGCUGUAAUCAACACAUCUCCCAGACCUGUUACUGUCCAUGGCAAUGAUAGUGAGAAAUGGAUUGAAAAUCAAAAAUAUUCUCCCAGAAACAUGAACUCAUUAAUGAAGAUAAAAGAGCAACAGACCUCCAAGAAAUCGCUUGUCAAACCUAGAUCCUCUGAUCAUUUCAACUUGAUUCCCAACAACAAGUUGAAUGUCAAUAUUUUACAAGUUGGAAAUCUUACGACAAAUAAACCAAAAACACCACAAUUGAACACCAAAAAUAAAAAAGCCAGGAAUCAAUCUACAUUGAUUAAGUCCCUGGAACCAUUACCUUCGAAAUUUGUAAGAAAUACACUAGAAAAACCCCGACCAGACACAUCACCAGCUGUCAUUAAUGUACCACGUGAGCAGAAGCCAAGACCUACAAGAAGACUACAGUAUGUUCACAAAGAACAAUAUCAAAAUACUUCAAAAGAAGAAAAAUAUGAGGAGACAAUUGAAUCAAAUAUUAUGGAAGAAAAACCAAAGAGACAAAUCAAGUCAAGGCUGUCAGAUAAAAGAAGCAAUAGAAAUACUCAAAGUAGUUUAUCGGAAAAGCCAACUGAAAAUCUUAGCAUAUCUACGCAUAAUUUAGUAUCACAGAAUCUUGAUGUUUUGAGAACAAGCGUGAAUCAACAGUUAACAGUACCAGUAUCUUCACAUUAUGGAGAAAGAGCGAAACAAAGUAUAUCAUCAGCAAAACCAAAGAUUAGUCAUAAUGAACAAAAACCAGUGGACAGUGUAGGAACACUAGAGCCAAAUAAGACUGAUGGAACACCAAAUAAUCGUUACAGCAGAGGAAUCAAAGCCAAGUUGGCACAGUUAUUUAACAGCAAACCUACAACAUCUAGUACAGAAAUAUUGCCUGAUCAUAAACAAUUAAGUUCAACUUCAUCUUCUGUAAGAAGUAAAAGAGCACUGCAACCCAUUCAGCAAACUGUGAGUCCCAGGGUCAUAACAGAGGAUCAAAUAGUUGCUGCACAUCAUACUCAGCUUGCUAUGGUUACAGGGUUAUGUCAUGAGGAAAUGAUUUUACUCAAAGAGAGAGACAAUAAUAAACAGGAUUUUAAGGAAUAUGCUUUUCAACUGGAAGAGAUUUUACUCCAAAAACAAGCUUGCAUUGAAAACCUACAAGAAAAAUUGAAGAAAUGGAAGACAACAAUGCAGUAGCCUGAACAGUAUUUAAUAUUUAUUUAAGAUAGA